AUGAUCUCAGACCAACAAAAGCUGAGGCUGAAAUUCAUGAACGUUGUCCUUGCAGUGACUUCCCCACCAUUCCUGAUUGCAAUAUCCACAACAGCUGCCAGUGCCGUGUCCCUCAAGCUGCACAAUGAUCGUAUGAAAAGAAACAUGGGCCACACCAACGUGAGAGAUUACCAGAGUGCAGUGCAGAACAUGGCCUGCCUCAUAGUUCUCUAUGCCUUGAUUUACCUGGUCAUGGUUGUAUUUGCACUGGAAGUAUUUGCAGAUCGGAGUUGGGAGUACUGGAUGUGUACGACGAUCAUUUUUUCUUUCUCAAUGGUUCAGUCCAUUCUCCUAAUCAAUGGUAAUCCCAAACUCAGUGAAGCUUGGAGAAAAAUGUUCACCUUCAUGUAA